AUAUUUACAAACUGCAUGAAAAUUCACUAGCCAGUCGGGCAAGUGACCGUAGAGAUUUACUAACCCGAACGGGUUUUUUAUUAUCCACGGGCUAGCGGGCCAGUGCUUAUUUCACACACUGACUGUCACACAUUGAAAUGCAAAGUUCAGUUGCUUAUGUCAUUGAGGUUUCCAUCACUAUCAGUGUAUCACAGUUGAAGAAGGGAAAAAUGAGCUCCACACAUGAUACCCAUGUUGAGAUUCGAACCCAGCCUUCGAUCAUGAUGAGCAAACAUAGCAAGAACCAACCUACUCAGUCACCACGACAAGAAGCAACUGCUUCAGGAAGACUCAAUGGCCGUGUAUUGAAAAUAGAGAAGUGGAACCCCGACAGUGAUGGAGAGCUCACUCAGGCCAACAUGAAGAAGAAACUGAAGUCUCAAGGCUACAACUGCAUCCAGUACACAUUCACCCCGGGGACGGACUUCCCUGACCACACUCACGCAGUGUCCAAGAAGGACUCGAUCACCAGUGGUCAGUUCCAGUUCACAAUGUACGGCCAGACUGUUAUCCUAGAGCCAGGUGAUAUGAUCGAUGUGCCGGCCAAUACGGUUCAUAACGCCUGUGUUGUUGGCUCCAAGUCUGUGGUAUUCUUUGAUGCUACUAAGUAACUGAAGUGUUGCUUGUUUAAACCUAAAGGUUUAUGUGAUGGAAGUACAAACAACAAUAUAAAGACCUAUAUUUUGUA